CCGCCCGCGCCGUUGUUAAAGGCGCGCUCCCGGCGAGAGGGUGGAGCGCGCUCCCGCCCGCGCACUCCAACUCGGGGAUUUCUUUUUUAAAAUGGCCACCACGGUCUUCCCGGGCGUGCGGCUGGUGUCGAUCGGGGAUCAGAACGGGGAGAUCCAGCGGCACUCGGACCAACAGCCGCUCAAACUGGAGAUCAAAACCACCCAGGACAGCGCCUACAUCAGUCUGUACAGCAAUGAGACGGUCUGUGUAUUUAAAUGUGCAGUGAAUCGGGAAACUGAAUGCAGUCGAGUCGGCAAGCAGUCCUUCAUCGUCACGUUGGGAUGUAGCAGUGUCCUCCUGCAGUUUCCAUCACAAAAUGAGUUCUACUCCUUUUUUAAUAUCCUGAAAAACUGCAGAGGUCACAACCUUGAACGAUCUGUCUUCAGUGACCGAACAGAGGAGUCUUCUGCCGUUCAGUAUUUCCAGUUCUAUGGAUACUUAUCACAACAACAGAAUAUGAUGCAAGACUACAUACGGACAGGCACCUACCAAAGGGCAAUACUCCAAAACCAUACAGAUUUCAAAGACAAGGUUGUACUAGAUGUGGGCUGUGGGUCUGGGAUCCUAUCAUUUUUUGCUGUGCAGGCAGGAGCACGAAAGGUGUUUGCAGUGGAAGCAAGCACCAUGGCUCAGCACGCUGAGCUUCUGGUGAAGAGCAACAACCUAGCAGAUCGCAUCCUCAUCAUCCCUGGGAAGGUGGAGGAGGUUAACAUCCCAGAACAGGUCGAUAUCAUUAUCUCUGAACCCAUGGGCUACAUGCUCUUCAACGAACGAAUGCUGGAGAGUUACUUACAUGCCAAGAAAUGGUUGAAACCAAACGGUAAUCUGUUUCCAACCCUCGGUGAUGUUCACCUCGCGCCCUUUACAGAUGAGCAGCUUUACAUGGAGCAGUUUACAAAAGCAAACUUCUGGUAUCAGCCAUCUUUCCAUGGUGUGGAUUUAUCAGCCCUGCGGGGUGCAGCAGUGGACGAAUACUUCAAACAGCCUAUUGUGGACACAUUUGAUAUCCGGAUUCUAAUGGCCAAGUCGGUGAAGUACACAGUGAACUUUCUAGAAGCCGAAGAGAAUGAUUUGCACCGGAUAGAAAUUCCGUUCAAGUUCCAUAUGUUGCAUUCAGGGUUAGUCCAUGGUUUGGCAUUCUGGUUUGAUGUGGCCUUCAUUGGUUCCCAAAUGACAGUUUGGCUCUCGACUGCUCCAACAGAGCCUCUGACUCAUUGGUACCAAGUUCGCUGUUUGCUUCAGUCGCCACUUUUCACUAAGGCAGGUGAUACGCUCUCAGGGACUGCUGUGCUAAAUGCCAAUAAAAGGCAAAGUUAUGACAUUAGUAUUCUAGCCCAGGUGGAUCAGACGGGUUCAAAAUCUAGUAAUGUGCUUGACCUGAAGAACCCCUUUUUCAGGUACACGGGAACAACUCCUUCACCGCCCCCAGGUUCACAUUAUGUAUCACCAUCGGAGACCAUGUGGAACACAUCUGCCUCGUAUAACCUUAGCUCAGGAUUGACGGUGUCUGGAGUCCCAACGGCAUAUGACCUGAGCAGUGUAAUUGCCAGUGGAUCUGCAGUCAGCCACAACAAUCUGAUUCCAUUAGCCAACACUGGGAUAGUGAAUCACACUCACUCAAGACUGGGAUCCAUAAUGAGCACAGGAUUUAUACAGGGAUCUUCGAGCGGUGGACAGGGUGGAGUGAUUGCCAGUAGCAGCCACUAUCCAAUCAACAGUCAGUUCACCAUGGGCGGUGCUGCCAUCUCCAUGGCUUCUCCAAUGUCCAUAAGCACCAACACAAUGCACUAUGGGAGCUAAGAGUCCAUGACAAUGCCUCCAACCUUUCGAACUGACACUUUUGAGAGGAAAAAAACCAAAUGCAGAUUCAGUUCCCUCUCCAAAAACUCAAUCUCUAUGAAUUGUCCAAAUUCAUUGUCCAUGGAUUUAGCUAAGCCUGAGGGUGUGUGUGUGUGUAUUUUGUUUUUGCCAUGGAAGCGACAACAAGCAAAUUCUUUGAUACCAGACUUGUAAAGUUUUAUAUAACAAAAAAUGGGGGUGGGAAAAUAAAUGCUGUUUUGGUCCUGCGAUUAGAGUCUGUAGUUAAUAGAUUUCCUCACCAGUUUGUUGUCGGAGUGCUGCAGGUAGAUACUAACAUAUCCAGGGGGCAGAUUGCUGAUGGGAGGUUUCCAUUACUUGGUAUGACCUUGCCUCCUCCUCCUCCUCCUUCUGUGUUACCUUAACCACCUCACCAACCCUCCCCCCCCCACCUCAGUCUAAAUAAACUGAUCACUUGGGGAUUUUAGGUUAAUGGAAACUGUUAAUUGAAAGCUUCGAAAAUGACAAUUACCAGGUGUAAACGUAAUAAAUAUUCUAAAUGUU